AUGUCGACAACGACGACGAGCGAAGAGCGCAAGACGCGCAAGGGCUUUCUCUGGGGCCUCGUCAUGCUCGUGUCCGGUACGCUGUGUACGAUCAUCACCAAGGUGCAGUACAGUCUCCAGUCGCUCGGCACGGAGCCGUGCGUCAUCAACGGCAACACGACGCUGCACUGCUACUUUGACAAGCCGUGGUUUGGCGUCCUCGAAAUGAAGCUCGCGAUGGCGUGCUGCCUCGUCUUUCUCUACGUCCGGAAGCGCGUCGAGCACCGCGCGCGGCCGCAAGUACAUGCUGACGCCGCAGCAGUCGCGCAAGGCGGCGGCGGGCAAGAGCGAGCGCACGCCGUUUCUCGAGACGGCGUCGUCGUCGUCGAGACGUCGUCGUCGUCGUCGGGGCCGUCGUGGUCGACCAUUCUGCUGCUCAUCAUCCCGUCCAUGCUCGACUUGCUCAACACGGUGUUCGCCAACAUUGGCCUUCUCUGGAUCUCGUCGUCCAUCUACCAAAUGACGCGCGGGUCCGUCAUUCUCUUCAACGCCUUCUUCUCGGUCCGCUUCAUGGGCAAGCGCCUCUUUGCGUACCACUACUCGAGCAUCCUCCUCGUCAUCAUCGCCGUCGGCAUGGUCUCGUUCGCGGGCCUCUCGCAAGCCGCGAUGCAGUCGGCGGCCGAGCCGUCGGCGGCGGACGCGGAGAAGCAAGCCAACCAGAUUCUCGGCCUCAGCUUCAUCUUUGUCGCGCAAUUUCUCUGCGCGAUCCAGAUUGUGAUUGAAGAGUACUUUUUGACCAAGCGCCAAGUGAGUCCGAUGCUCCUCGUGGGCAUUGAGGGCCUCUGGGGGCUCGUCUUCAUGGCCGUCUUGAUCCCGCUCCUGCAGUGGACGCCCCGGGGCACCUCGGGUCUCUCCAAAGUCUGGCACGAAGACUUUUCCGAUGCGCUUGUCAAGAUCUCCAACUCGUGGCCGCUUGUCUGGACCGUCGUCGCGUACGUCAUUACGAUCGGUGUCUUCAACCUGUCCGCGAGCUUUGUCACCAAGUACCUCAACUCGGUCGUUCGCAGUAUCCUCGAUACGAUGCGCACGAUGGGUGUCUGGCUCCUCACGCUCUUUGUCUACUACGUGAUCAAGUGGACGGGCCCCAACUCGCCGGGCGAGCCGUGGACCGUCUGGAGCUGGCUCGAGCUCGCGGGCUUUGCCGUCAUGGUCGUCGGUACGCUCACGUACAAGAAGAUCCUGCGCUUCCCCGGCACGUGGCUGUAUGCGGCGGAAGAGCGCGAGGCCAACUUGGCGCUGACCAAGUCGCCGUUCAUGGCUUCGAUGCAUUAG